AUGUCACAUUCACUCCAAAUAGACAUGCAGAAACAUGCACUAACACUGGGCAGUUCAUAUAUUAACCGGGCGGUUUCUCUGAGCAGGUUUGAGUAUGUCCGUAGAUACUUUCAGAUAGACAAUUCAUACUUACUAAGAAAAUUGUUCUUGAUAGUGUAUCCGUACAGCGGAGAACAGUGGCAGUGUACAACCGAUAGAGAUGUGUGUGGUGUGUCAAUUAGUGACCCAGAUAUGUACAUACCAGUCAUGGCCAUUAUAACAUAUAUUUUAUUUGUGGCGUGCGAAAUGGAGGUUCAAGGCAAAUUUAGUCCAGAAACUCUAGGAAAGAUAAGUACUAAGUCGCUGUUUUUAGGGCUGUUAGAAAGUGCCAUAAUUAAAGCCGCAAGUUUCUUUUUCGAUUGUACAUCUCUGAGUAUUUCUGAUAUCAUAGCAUUUAUUGGGUAUAAAUAUGUUACAAUCAUGUAUACAAAAAUUCUGUCAAAGGUUUUCCCAAUUAUUUUAUCAAAAUUAUCAUCACUUCUGCUAAUAGCUUCAUUUUCCCUCUUUUUAGGAAGGUCGCUGAAGCAUUUUUUAAUAUCAAACGAGCAUGAAAUACUGAUUAAGAAGCGAAAGAUGUACUUCUUAUUUUUCAUUGUGUUAAUAGAAGGUCUUUUACUUGUUUUCCUUAAAUAA